AUGGCCAACUUGGCAAACAGACUGCAGCAACUGUACAUUAACAGUCCGUACAGCACAGAAGUCAGUUAUGGACAGGUACUGAGAGAAGCUAAUGCUAGUGAGGAUUGUUCCAUGGAGGUAGAGUUGAAAAGUCUUGGAGACCUGCGUCUUGAGAAAGCCAAGCUCAGUAAAGAUUCAGCAGGGUUUGACAAGGCUGCUGCCCUGUAUGCUGCUGCCUUACUGCGCUGCAAAGAUCCAGAUGUAGGUCAAACGGUAGAACAUCGUAUCCGCUACAUGGAGAAACUCUCCAGACAACUGCUGCAGGGGUACAGUCCACACUUCCGAUCCAGACACUACAGGGGUACUGCUGACAGUAAUGUCUUAAGGGUGGCACAAAUCUGUGAUAAACUGGACAAGGAGGGUGGAAAAUACAUUGAACAGAGUUAUACAGAAAUGUUAGUGACUGCAAUUGCAAAGGAGGAUGUCAUCUUAGAGCUUGAGGUUCUAAAAUCUCUUGGUGACUUUUACUUCAAGAAAGGCAAGAAAACUUUGAAUGUAUCCCAGUUCUCCAAGGCAGCUGCCAUGUACAACAAGGCCAUGACAACAUGCGGGGAUCCUGAGACAAAACUGACCUUGGUGCAUCGUGCCUUGUACAUGGUAAAGGUCUGGGAAGGAGUGAGGAUGCAAACAUCACGAUUAGCAGAGAAGCACUUUGCAGCUGCACUCAAGAAGGUACAUGUGAGAGACCCCACAGCCCAGCAGUACCAGAGAGAGGUGGAGCCCCUGUGCAAGUUGGGGGAUGUCUACAGUAAGCGAGGUCAGCAGACAGGAGACGGGGGAGACUUUGUCCAAGCAGCAGCACUCUACAAUGCAGCAAUAGCCAGGUCACAGGAUCAAGUCCUCAAGGGUAACAUAGCAACAACUGUUAGAGAAGUAGAGAAGGCAUUCCUCAAAUGUAUCCUAGACAAGCAUAGUAAUGUUAGCCAAGAUGACACAGAAAAACACAAGAAACAGCUGAAGGAGAUGCGGGACCAGAUCAAGCUGGAGAUGGAAACCAUUGACCAGCAGCUGGAUCCCUAUGUACAUGAUGAGGACGACCCAUGUGUCAGAGAGAUAGAGGCAAAACGAGCUCAGGCUGUCAGGCAGUUGUUUGAGAAAAUUGCACAACAAAGAAAGGAGUUCAUCAGCCUGCUUGUAGAAGAGUGUAUUGGGUUAAUGGGUCCCCCUCCCUGUAAGUAUGCCCUGAUAGGUUUGGGUUCACAGGCCACAGGACUGGUAACUCCAUACUCAGACCUGGAGUUUGCCAUCUUGGUAGAAGAAGAAAGUGACGAAUGUCUUGUGUAUUUCCGUAACCUCACCCACUAUCUACACCUCAAGGUGGUCAACCUGGGAGAAACCAUUCUCCCAGCACUGGGAAUAAAAUCUCUCAAUGACUUCUACUCUGAAAACCCACUUGACAACUGGUACUAUGACUCUGUUACACCUCGUGGGUUUGCAUUUGAUGCCUCCAUGCCAAAGGCAAGCAAGACUCCACUGGGCAGGCAGGGAACUAAGAACAAACCACCCAGUGAACUCAUCUGCACCCCACAAAACAUGGUCUCAAUACUUCAGAAUGAUGUCACACUGUACCUGAAGGAAGGAUAUCACCUUGCCACUAUCUUGAGAAACCCAUGCCUGAUAGCAGGGGACCAGGAUUUGAUUGACACGUACAUGGAUAUCACAGUGGAGAUACUGCAAGCUGAUGGGGGCAAAAUGGCUCAACAACUGGCACAGGAGACACUGAGGGAGAACUUUAGGGAUAAGGCAACAAUUACAGCAAGGCUAGUUGAUGUAAAGAAAGCGAUCUAUCGCUUCCCAGCUGUAGCAGUGGACUGCUUGGCACUGUCUAAAGGCAUCAUACCUACCACAGUUUGGGAGACAAUAGAAGAAAUGGAAAACCAACAAGUGAUCAGUCCCAACAAUGCACACCACCUGACAGUGCUUACCAGCAUCUCAGCAGAACUCAGGCUCAGAACAUACAUCGCAAAUGGUGGACAGAAGGAAAACCUGUCAGCUUUGGCCUCAAUGGAAACAGAACAGCAAGGACAGGAAUCAUCUCUACAGACCAAUGAUGAAGUACAAACAAACACACUGCAACAGAUUUUUUAUCUACCAAACGAAAAGCAGCUUUUCAGAUACUAUCACACAGCACUCCCUCUUAGAUAUCUUUUCCGAAAAUGGUCUGAACAAAAAGUACUUCCAAAUUCAUUCUCUGAUUUCUAUGUUACUUCUACAACAAUAAAAGCAAGGAUGUACAAUGAACUGUGCAAAUAUAGCCAGGCUGUCAGCUGCUACCAGGAAGCUCUGAAGGAAGCUGAAGGAAAUGAUGCUGAGAAAAUUGAGCUGCUCAACAGGCUUGGAGAGGCUAUGAGCAGUAUGGGUGAUAACCAGGGGGCACUCAGCUAUCUUGAAGAGGCACUGUCAUUGCGACAUUCUACUAGUCCUAACACAAAUCUAAACAUUGCUAUGACACUAAAAACACUGUCAUCGGCACAUUCCUCUGGUCAAGAUAUCACAAAGCUAGAAAUUGCUGUGACACUGCAAAUCUUGGGAAAGGUUUCCCACUGUAUGGGUGAUUACAGGAAAGCAAUCCGUUACAUUGAACAAGCACUACAGUUGUACACAAGUAUCUUUGGUCAGAAUACAGCACAUUCUGACAUUGCUUACUCACUCAGCAUGCUGGGGGCAACCUGUGAUGGGCUUGGAGAUUACAGAAAAGCAAUCAGCUACAUGGAACAGGCACUGCAGAUGUGCAGGAGUAUCCAUGGUGAGAAUACUGCACAUCAUAAUAUUGCAAGCUUACUCAACAAUCUAGGGAAGUCAUGGACAGAAUUGGGUGAUUUUGAAAAUGGCAGAAACUACCUGGAACAGUCACUACAAAUGUGCAGAAGUAUAUAUGGUCACAGUACAGCACAUCCUGGGAUUGCAAACUCACUCAACAACCUGGGGUUAGCCUGGCACCACCUGGGUGUUUACAGAAAAGCAAUCAGCUACCAAGAACAGGCACUGCAGAUGUACAGGAGUAUCUAUAGUCAGACUAAAGCACAUCCUGAGAUUGCCACCUCACUCGGCAACCUGGGGUUAGCCUGGCACCACCUGGGUGAUUACAGAAAAGCAAUCAGCUACAGUGAACAAGCACUGCAGAUGAAGAGGAGUAUCUAUGGUCAGACUAAAGCACAUCCACGCAUUGCUUCAUCAAUCAACAACCUGGGGAUGGCCUGGCAUUCCCUGGGGGACUACAGAAAAGCAAUCAGCUACCAUGAACAGGCACUGCAGAUGUACCGGAGUAUCUAUGGUCAGACUAAAGCACAUCCUAACAUCGCCACCUUACUCGGCAACCUGGGGGGAGCCUGGAGAAACAUGGGUGAUUACAGAAAAGCAAUCAGCAACCAUGAACAGGCACUGCAGAUGUACAGGAGUAUCUAUGGUCAGACUAAAGCACAUCCUAACAUUGCCACCUUACUCGGCAACCUGGGGAGAGCCUGGAGAAACAUGGGUGAUUACAGGAAAGCAAUCAGCUACCAUGAACAGACACUGCAGAUGCGCAGGAUUAUAUAUGGUCACAGUACACCACAUCCUGACAUUGCCUACUCACUCAACAACCUGGGGAUGGCCUGGGACCACCUGGGUGACCACAGUAAAGCCCUCAGUCUCUGCCAGGAAGCCUUGACUAUAGUAAGGCAGGUUUUCCCUCAAAACAGAAGCCAUCCACUGAUAAAAAAGAUUGAACAGAACCUGGUAAUGAUCAAUGCAGAGAUCAGAAAAUAGCAAGAAUCUUUAGACCUUUUGUUACUAAUAGUUUAUUUAUUUUAUUCACAUUUAUUUUUUGAGGAUCGGGCAACAAGUUAGAAACUUAUACCAGCCCUCUCCUCACACAUAAAAGGGAACAAA